AUGAACGACCUCGUCUGCAAGUUUUGUGGCCCGUUUGAAGCCGCAACUCGAGAGAAAACUAGCGGGCAAAAUGAGAAUGAUGUUUUGAAACGAGCCCAUGAAAUCUUCUACAACAAUCAUAAGAAGAAAUUCAACCUCGAACAUGCUUGGAAGGAGCUCCGAAAUGAUCAGAAGUGGUGUGACCUAUCUACCGCUAAAAACAAAGGAAACUCUAAGAAAAGGAAGGGUGAGUACGUUGCACAGUCAUCAGGCCCUCAAGCUCUUGAAACCGAUCGCCCCAUAGGUGUGAAGGCAGCAAAGGCUCGUCGUGUUAAGGAGAAGUCAGUGGCUGAGUUUGAGAGUAUGUGGUCCAUAAAACAGAAGGACUUAGCGAUGAAAGAGAGGCUGUCGAACAUGAGUCUUCUUGACAGCCUAAUUACCAAAAAAGAACCAUUAGCUGACUACGAAGAAGUCCUCAAGAAGAAGCUAAUUACUGAGCUCUUGUCUACUUAG